UGCAGCUCCCAAAGCUGAGUCCGCUGCACGUUCGGAGUCACGAUGGAGGACUACGAGCAGGAGCUCUACGGAGUCGAAGAUGAGUUCGAAGACCAGUUCGCAUCCGAGUUGGAAGUCUUGGCGGAGCUAGAAGGAGAUCGCUCUGUCCCGCCAUCCAAAGCCACACAACCCCAGAAGAACAAGCUGACAUUUGAAGAAGCCAUCACUUCUGGGGAUGUCAUUCCCUCCUCCAUUGGCAUCCAACACCAACAGAAUGGUGUGUCCCCCCACAAAAACCACAGGGAAGUUGGGGACAGCAGCUCCAAGAAGAGGGUCCUGAAUGUUAACCUUGAGAGAGAAGAGGAGGAGAAAGACUCUGAGUUUUUAUUCUCAGAGGACCUCACAAUCACUCCUAAGUCCAAGAGGCAGAAGCUAGAGGUAGUCAAGAAACUGACCUUUGGACUAGAGGAAGAACCGAUCUAUCCGGACUCCCCUCCCAGAGAUAUCACUCCACCCCUUUCACCUGAGGACAUCCAAGAGGGGUGGAGCAACAGAGACUUAGACAAGCUACUGGACCAAGGGCCCCUGGACAUCAGUGAUGUGGAUUUCCUGCAGAUGACACCACCUGCUUACAGGGACAAGAAGCUAGUUCUGAAACGCCCCCCAGUCCUGGAGGAAUAUGUCAACGUGACGUCCACUGAUGGCACCCGGGUCUUCAUGGUGGUAAAAGAUGACCCCUUGGGAGUAGGAGUGAAGCUCUCCCAUUGUGAUGCUGCCUGGCGUGGACAUGGGCAGCUCCAUUUGCUGGGCGUGCCCUUUUCUUACCUGAAGGAGCAAGUUGCUGAUGAGCGUAGGCGGCGGGUUCUGGAAGCAUCCCAGAAACUGACUGAGAUUUUGAACAGGCAUCUAGAGGCCAGUGAACCUGCAGGGGAGAUGCCAGAGAUGGGGGACAGUGUCAGCAGAGCCAAAGAGGGGGAGGAAGAAGAGGGCAAAGAAGAUCAAGACUCUUCCCAGCACAGCCUCUGGGUAGAUUUAUUCACCCCCAGGAACUACAGGGAGUUGCUCAGUGAUGAUUACACCAACCGCUGUCUUCUGAAGUGGCUGAAGCUAUGGGAUGUGGUGGUGUUCGGCAGAGAGAAGCUUGCCAAGAAACCAAAACUGAAUGCUGAGCAGCCGCCAGCCCGGGCUCCCUCCAAGUUUGGCAAAGAACCCCAGAAGUGGAAAACCAAAGAGCAGAUAAUGGAGGAGAUCCUGGAGGCUGAACUGGAUCAGAACAAUAGGCCCAAAUAUAAGGUGGCCCUUCUGUGUGGCCCGCCUGGGCUGGGGAAAACCACCCUGGCACACGUGAUUGCCAAGCAUGCUGGGUACAGUGUGGUGGAGAUGAAUGCCAGUGACGACCGCAGUCCUGAGGUCUUCAAGACUCGCAUUGAAGCAGCCACACAGAUGGAGUCGGUGCUGGGAGCCAAGGGGAAGCCCAACUGCUUGAUCAUUGAUGAAAUAGAUGGUGCGCCCACGCCCUCCAUCAAUGUGCUACUUAGCAUCAUUAAUCGUAAGGAUGUGGGAGAGACAGAGACAACAGGAGGGGCAGCUGGGGGUGUCAAGAAACGAAAGAAAGAAGGGGGCCUCUUGCUGCGGCCCAUUAUCUGCAUCUGCAAUGACCAAUACACGCCUUCUCUGAGACAACUGAAGCAGCAGGCAUUCCUCCUACAGUUCCCGCAGACUCUACCUUCCCGACUGGUCCAGAGAUUGAAUGAGAUCUCCUUGCGUCAGGGAAUGAAAGCAGAUACUGGUACCCUCAUGAUGCUGUGUGAGAAGACAGAGAAUGAUAUCCGCUCCUGCAUAAACACCCUGCAGUUCCUGUAUGGCCAGGGCCAGAAGGAGCUGAGUUCGAGGAUGGUACAGACCAUGAGCAUCGGGUUGAAGGAUCAGAAGAAGGGACUGUUUUCUAUUUGGCAAGAAAUAUUUCAGCUGCCCAAGAUUCAGAGGCAACGCAUCGGCCAGGAUGUCUUUCUGCCAGACCAGAGGCUCCUCGACGGUGACAACGGCCCUCUGGGCAGGGGUCCUCUCCACACCUUAUCCCAGAGGUUCCACCACAUCCUGCACAUCACCACCUCCACAGGGGAUCAUGAGAAGGUGGCCCAGGGCCUCUUUGACAACUUCCUGAACAUGAAGCUCAAAGAUCCUACCUUGAACUCUGUGUGCACUGCCAUGGAUUGGUUGAUAUUUGAAGACAUCCUGGACCAGACUGUACGACAUGGGCAGAACUUCCAGCUCAUGAGAUACUUACCUUUCCUCCCUGUCGCCUUCCACCUCCUCUUUGCAGCCAACAGCAUCCCUAGGAUCUCUUACCCCAACAGCCAGCAUGAGGCACUGAAUAAGAUGAACCAGACACAGAACCUGAUUAUGUCUCUGGUAUCAGGGGUCACUCCAGCUGCCCGAAGCCGCGCUGCCCCACAGUCUCUCAUCCUUGAAGCCCUCUGUCUCCUCCUGGACAUCAUCUCCCCUAAGCUUCGUCCUGUGAGCACCCAGUUAUACAGCAACAAAGAGAAACAGCAGUUGGCCAACCUCAUUAAUAUCAUGCUGGCUUAUAAUCUCACCUACCACCAGGAGCGGAUGCCUGAUGGGAUGUAUACAUAUAAGCUGGAUCCGAACAUAGAGGAUGUCUGCCGGUUCCCCGAUCUCCCCGCCCGUAAGCAGCUGACCUAUCAGACCAAGCAGCUCAUUGCUCGGGAAAUUGAGAUGGAGAAGAUGAGGAGAGCCGAAGCUUCCAUUCAGACUCGAUAUGGUGGCCAGGAUGACGAGGGAAGCCCUUCAGCAACAGAGAACCCACAGGCAUGCAGUGGGGAGAAAACAACGGCGGUUGCUCCCAUCCGGAACCAUGAGCAACGCCUGGAACACAUCAUGAAAAGAAAAGCUAUCUUUGAUGAGAAGCCGGAAAGAGAUUUCUUUGGGCGUGAGAUAGUGAGAAAAGUUGUCACUCCAAGUCAAGAAACCUCAGGACCUGAAAGAGAUUCAUUGGAGAGGCGGAUGGGAAAAGCAGUGGGGAAGAGCGAUGUGUGGUUUCGAUUUAACGAGGGUGUUUCCAAUGCUGUCCGGCGAAACCUUUAUAUUAAAGACUUACUCUGAACCCUUGAACCCUGGCCCCAAGCUGUUCUCCCUGCUCAGGAUUUGGGUGCCUCCUUAAGAGGAAAGAGAGAGACACACACGCUGCCCCCUUCCCCCACCCUAUGGGUGUG